AUGCCUGAUAGCCGUCCUUUAUAUCAACACCAAAUCGAGAUUUUACGCAAAGCAUGCCCUGAGACAGAGACUGUCUACAUGUCUCUGGCUCAAAAAACUGAAAUGGAUGAGCUUCUACGGAACGCUAGCAAGGUUUCGUACGAAGCGACCCCAGGAGAAAAUAGUAUCGAGAUUAUUCUGGAUCUGGAAUCGAGCCAAGGACAUGAGUCUAAUGGCCCGGCAACAGGCCUAAUUGCUGCCUACGAGUCAGACCCCGAGGCGACUUGGUUAGUGGUGGCCUGCGACUACCCUUCCAUCACGGCAGAUGCACUUCAAGAUUUGCAAUCACGCUAUAGACCUCCCGUUACAUGCUUUCAGAACCAAGAAGGCUUCUGUGAACCUCUGCUGGGAAUCUGGGGUCCAGAGGCGAUCAGCCAUCUCAAGGAGAACUGCAAAGCAGGAAAGCUCGGUCCUAGCAAGACUGUUCGGGAACUUGGCGGCUACACGUAUCUUCCUGAAGACUCGGAGGCAUUACUACGAAACGUAAAUGUCAAGUCGGAAUGGGAAGAUGCGCUAAAAACACUGAGAAAUGAGCCGAUAGACAAUUUCAUGGAAGAGCCGUUGGAGGUGCUGUAA